CAGCGGGCACUCGUUUUUACGACCUCACGAAAAUCAACAAGCAGCUCUACAUUAUUGAAUUAGCGCAACCGACCACGGUUAAUUGAAGUCUGAAAUAUUGAAUCUGAAAAGAGGCGGACAUAAUGAAGGCCACUUUUGCUGCCGCUGCCGUUGCGGCUCUAGCCGGUGGUGCUGCCGCCGGUAGCGUCCAUCACAGACACGCCCACGCCCACGAUCAGGCUCGUUCCCUCGCAAAGGCGGAUAACAGCACCUGUGGAUGCACCACGAUCUACAGCACAUACUAUGGUGCCGCUACUCUCUCUUUCCCUCCCGUCCCUGCGACUACUGCCGCUCCCCCGCCGGUUACCGCUACAUCGACCGCGGUUCUAGUGCCUACGCCAGUUCCUCAGACUUGCUCUACCACUGGUGUUUACACUUUCCCCGCGACCACCGUCACUCUGACCGAGUCUACGACCGUCUGCGUUCCCUCCACCACCUCCGUACCUGUCGGUACCCACACUCUUGGUGGUGUCACGACUGUCGUCAGCACCCAGACUACGGUCACUUGCCCGUACGCUACCGUAUCCACCAGCGGAAGCGUUACAACCAGCGUCAUCAAGACCACGGCUUACGUCUGCCCGUCUGCUGGUACCUACACCAUCGCCCCUCACACCGUAACUGUGAGCAAGCCCACCACCGUUACGGUCCCCUCCGUCACCAGCUACACUCCUGGUACCUACACUCAGCCCGAAGUUGUUACAACUGUCACUGAGACCAGCACCGUUGUGUACUGCCCCUUCGUCAUCCCCACCCCCAGCGCCUCUACCACCCCCGUUGCCGUCCCGACCAGCGCCCCCGCUGUCUCCGUGUCGGUGUCCAUCCCCGCACCCGCUGUUUCUUCUGUCGCCACUGUUCCCUCCGUUAUCCCCUCAGCCACCGUGGUUCCUUCUUCCUCUUCCGCUAAGCCCUCGCCUUCCGGAACUCUUGGUGGACCUGCUGGAAAGCCAUGGGGUAUCUCUUACACUCCCUACGGCACCGGUGAGUCUGGUGGAUGCAAGAGCCAGAGCGAGGUUGAGAAGGACAUUUCUGCCAUCGCCGCUGCUGGCAUCACCAGCGUCCGUGUUUACUCCACUGACUGCGACACUCUGGUCAACGUCGGCGGUGCCUGCGCUAAGCACGGUCUUAAGAUGAUCCUCGGUAUCUUCAUCGACUCCCCUGGUUGUGACGCUGCCAACCCCAGUGUUACCGAGCAGAUCAGCGCUAUCAAGAGCUGGGCCCAGUGGGAUCUUGUUGAGCUUAUCUCCGUCGGUAACGAGGCUGUUUUCCACGGUUACUGCCAGCCUUCCGAGCUUGCCUCCCUCAUCACCAAGUGCAAGGGCGAGUUCAGCGGUUACACCGGAAAGUACACCACUGCCGAGACCGUCAACAUCUGGCAACAGAGUGACUUCUCUUCUGCUAUCUGCGGUGUCGUUGAUGUCGCGGGUGCUAACGCCCACGCUUUCUUCAACACUCAGACUGAUGCUUCCCAGGCUGGUCAGUUCGUCAAGGGCCAGCUCGACAUCGUCGAUUCUAUCUGCCAGAACGUCCCCGGUAUCAUCCUUGAGACCGGUUGGCCUUCUCAGGGUGAGACCAUGGGUCUCGCCGUUCCCGGUGUCUCCCAGCAGGCUCAGGCCAUCAAGAGCAUUGUCAGCGAGUGUGGUGACAAGGCUGUCCUCUUCAGCUUGACCUCCGACCAAUGGAAGGACCCCAACACUGCCUGCAAGUGCGAGCGCUACUUCGGCUGCGCUUCCGUCCUCGGCAUUAGCAUCUAAAUAGACAAUGAGUGUUAACGCAUAAGCGCCGUAUUGUACAUUCUCACUUAGUUGUCCAAACGAUUGCAAUAUAUACGCUCUAGGUCCGGCGGAGUUUAUGGUUGGAUUAACAUCGGGGAGGCCCCUUUGCGAUAUGUAGGAGCGAUGCCAAGGGCGGAUCGG